GAGAUUACCUAUGCACCUUUGUUGUCUCCUUAUAUAUUGGUUGCGCUUGUAGCUGUCGUCUUGCCUCUUAGGCAACAUAUAGGAGUAAUUGUUCUACAGGAAACCACAACAAAGUGAUAUUGCAUAAUUGCUGCUAAGUUACUCAUAGCACCGCGUAAACGUGAUACAUAAGAGCUAGACGUCUAAGGCUUGUGUUUAACGCGCCCUUGCUGGUCGCAUGCGUGCAAGUGCCAUUAUGCACCAGCCUCACCCAGCAAGGGCCCGCUGCUAGAUCUACCAUCACCACAUAACCCGCCGGAUUAGAAACUUCCGGAUCGAAAAUGCCGAGCGUAGCAGGCGAUUCCGACCGGUCGUCGGUGUCCGGUCGGUCUUCGACAUCCAAAACCUCACGCGGCAGCAGACGUCGCUCCAGGCGGACGUCAGUCCCCCCAAUUCCGGUGGAGCCGAUUGAGGAGCCAAAAACGCCGUUUGCCCCAAGCAUGCUGCAAGCCGGGCUGUCCCAGUUGGGUCGCACCGCAGACGGGCUGCUGCCCGCCUUCCUCACACUCAACCUCUCCGGCACCGACCUUGCCACCGCGGCACCCGUGGCGGCAUUCCCAGCGCUGCAGCGAGUGGUGCUGUCCGACAACCGGCUGGCGGAGAUCCGAGGCCUGGCGGCGCUGCGGCACCUGACGCACCUGGACGUGUCGGGGAACAAACUCACGCAGGUUCUAGACCUACGGCUAGGGCCCCCUGCUGCUGGCGCCAGCACCAGCAGCGGCUCCCCCGGCCCCACCAACCUGCGGACGGCGGACUUUUCCCGCAAUCACAUCGACAUGCUCCGCGACCUGAGUCCCUUCUCGCGGCUGAGCUGCCUGGUGCUGGCACACAACCGGCUGGAGCGGGUGGGGUCGGGGCUGCGGGCGCUGCAGCUGCUCAAGGUUCUGGACCUGAGUCACAACCGGCUGAUCAGCUGCCGCGGGUUGGAGCAGCUGAGCAGCCUUCGCGAGCUGCGGCUGCACCACAACUGCCUGGCAGCACUGGAGCCGCUGGGGGCGCUGGGGCAGCUGCAGGUCCUCCAAGUGAGUCACAACCGGCUGUCCCAGCUGGGCGGUCUGGCGCCCCUCACCUCGCUGCGCACCCUGGACGUGUCGUACAACCUGUUGGGGCGGCUGGAGGAGCUGGUGGCGGUGCGGGGGGCGUCACUGCUGGGGGCGCUGGACGUGCGGGGCAACCCGCUGGACCGGUCCGUCAGUCUGCGGCUGCACGUGGUUCACAUCCUGCCCCAGGUGGUGCAGCUGGAUGGGCAGCCGGUGGACUCCAAGGAAAAGGUGCUGGCAGCCAACAUGCACGGUGCCGACGCGGAGGGCCUCCGCCUCAUCCGCCGCAAGUAUUUUCCCAACGGCGAGCUGGACGACGGGGGCGGCGCGGUGCCUCCCCUGGCGGCAGGCCUUGUCGCCUCCCAGGCGGAGGAGGAGCUGGCGGCAGACGGAGCCGCCCGCAGCGCCCUCAUCCGCCUGGACGCCUGGGCCGCAUCCAUCCGCCCCGAAACCAUUCUCACCGCCCCCAGCGGCCCCUCAAUCGUCACGCUGGCGGACCAGCUGGCAAGCGUCUGUGUGCCGCCCAGGCCGCCGUCGCCAACGGGGGCCACGGCGGCGGCGGCGGCUGCCGCCGCCGCCGCUGCCGCCGCCAGCGGCGGGACGGCUCCGCCGUCCCGCUCCUCCACCAACCACGGCGGCGGCCUGUCUACACCUCGUUCCGCCGGCGCGGCGGCGGCGGGCGGCUACAGCGACGCAGUGGGAGGCGGCGGAGCGGACCCGCAGUCGCAGCUGCAGCGUGCGCGGGUGUGCUGGCGCUGGGUGAUAACACACGUGGCGGGAAGUGCACGACUGGAGAACACCUGGGAUGUGGAUCAGCCGCUGUUUGGUCCCGGGCCGCAGGCCGCGAUGAUCGAGCGAAUCCUGCUAGGAGACGCGCCGAUUCCCUCCACUCCGCCCUCGCAGCCACCGCCUCUCCCGUCGCCGCACCUGGCACGCCCGCCCCCCACCGCGCCCCCGCCGUCACCCCCCGGCAUCGGCACUUGGGCGGAGCGUGUUGCGCGGUUGUUUACGCUGCUCUGCCGUGCGUGUGAGCUGGACGCGGUUCCCAUUCCAGGCUACUGGAAGCAUCCCAACCUGCCUCCCGGUCGACGCGUCGCCUCGCAUAACCACUGCUGGGCGGGGGUCAAAGUCAACGGUCGUUGGCGGUUGGUUGACCCAACCGCCGCCGCUCUGGAGGGCGGCCACAGCCCCUUCUUCGUGCCCCCAGAGGCCUUCAUCUACUCCUACUGGCCGUUGGAAGCGGCCUGGCAGUUAAUACCGGAACCGUUGAGCCAGGAAAUCUGGUGGCAGUUGCCGUACGCAACAACCGCUUUCUUCGCAGAGGGUUGUCAGUUGGGAGGUCCGGAGCUGGCGGCGGUUAACGUGCUUCCGGCGGUUCGCGAGGGCGGUGUGCUGCCGGCCUUCCAGCUCAGCAUUGCCGUACCUCGCACCCGGGGAACGCAUGUCGUACAUCGCUUGCUCGCAUGCACAACGAACAACACCACCACUACCAACCAACCCGGCUCCUCCUCCUCGUCUUCGCCAUCAGCCACCUCAGCCACCAUAGCACCCGCAGCGGCGGCGGCGGCGGCGGCAGCCCAGGCCGCUACCUUCGCCUCCGUCGCCGGCACCGCCGCCACCCUCACCAUCGCACACAACGGUAACACCACCGGCGCCGCGCACAACAAUGCCAUUACGGCGGGCAGCAGCGGGCUGGGGGACACGCCGGGGCAGCAGCGGCGGAGGCGGGUGCUGGCGGAGUGGCCUCCCAGGGAGCCGGGGGUGCCGGCAUACGCAUUCCAACAGGUGGUAGCCGGCAAGCGGGGGCAAGUGGAGGUGUGUUUCGGACCCGACCGUCACCUUGCCACCCGACACCAGCUCUGGGUCUCCCUGCCGGGGCCCGGGGAGUACGAAGUGGAGGUCGUACAUGUACGACAAGUCUCCGGGUUGGGUGGCGGCGGCGGCGUCAUGCAACUGGGGGUUUCGGGGCCGGGUGGCGGCUCGCUCCGUCUGAAGCUCGUGGAGGAACACCUGCUCCUGCGCGUCAAGGUGGUCUUGCCCGCCAUCGCACCGCAUGACGUGGAGGAGGACGGCAUCCUGCACUCACCUGCCGUACUGCGGACACCGCUGCCGUACGCCUCGUCGUACUUUAGCGAGGCGGGUUGUCAGCUCGUGUCGCCGCCGCCGCAUCACCCCCUGGAGGCAGACCGGCAGGAGCCGUUCAAUGUGGUGGCGCCUGGAGCCUCCAGGGUGGCGCUGAUGGCGGGGGGACUGGAUCAGCUGAUCGAGCUGGCUGCGGUGGAGGACGCCCCGGUGCCGUACACCUUCGCCACCUCGCUGCAGGUGCCACGCUCGCCCGCCGCCACCCUGAUGGCCUACGUGCACGACCCGCACCUCAACACGUGCGCCUGGGUGCCGCUGGUGCAGAUGCGGGUUCUGCCCCAGUCGCAGCACAUGGUGUUCACGCCGGUGGCGGUGGAGGUGACGGAGGUGGACCCCGCCGACCCGUAUGUGGGGUACGCCCGCGAGCUGUUCAAGGCACUGGACAAGGACAUGGACGGGCAGGUGACGCGGCGCGAGAUCCUGGCGGCUUUCCGCCGCAACCGCCAACACGCCGAUGUGCUCAAGUGCCCGGCUCGCAUUCGAAUGGACGACGGAACCUUCGACAAGUUCGUGGACGUGUUCCUGCAGAUCGACACGGGCAAACUGGGCUCCUUCUGCUUCAACGAGCUGGCAGCCUACAUGGGGGUGCUGCCCUCCGGCAUGUACGAGUACUCGGAUGAGGAGGACGAGGAGGAGGACUACGACAGCGGAGAUGAGGCAGAGCCGGAGGAAGAAGAG